AUGCGGCGUCAAUCCCUAACCAUGUCUAUGGAGGAAUGGCGGGCCCUACUCGUGUCUUCAUUUCGUCGGAAUUAUCGUGAAGAUAUGCCUCAAAUUUUCCUACAAGCGCUCAUUGCUUACGGCGAGAUGUGCGAUGUCGACGCGCACUACGGACACAGUAUUCCCAUUCUGCAAUCGAGUGCAACGGGGAAAUCACGCCUCGUAGCAGAAGGUCACAAUCAGGAUUCAGCAGACCACUCCAGUUGUGCUCUAGGUGCCUGGCAUAAGUAUCGGCUUCCGCAAUUCGAACCGUCCAGAGGCUGGCUGGCCUCCACGAGAUGAGGCCAUGUGUCGAUGGGUAGAAUCGACCGAACGAUGUGUUUGGUAUGUUAAGUAUGGAAGUCAGGAUGACA